GCAAGCUCAAACAACUUCCUAAAUACAUCUUUACCCGCUGCCCUUUGACAGACAUCCACAAGCUUGCGAGUGGCAACGCCCCCUUGCUACUCUCGCCACGUGACGCUGCAGCCUUAGGCCACAGUUCACACAGUGAGAAUAAAAACACUGAAAAUAGACGAGGGACAGACACAGUUCUUCCUGCGUGAGCUGCAGUCUAUCCAACACACUCUGCUAGAAGUACCUAGCCUUAACCCUUUACUGCACCUUGUUGCAUAUUCGCAACAUAGCGAUAAACGACGAUAAAAACAUCUACAAAAUGCAUUCAGUGCUAGUUCCGCACGUUGUUGCAUUUCUGCAACAUACAUCCGCGAGGCGAGCCGUUCAGUGCUGCCAUCUGUACUCAGGCGGCGAAACUGCUCUCUAAAAAGCGUGACAGCCACCACGUGGACGCUCAACAAGUGACACAGGUAAGCCUUGACUACUGCAUAUCACGUUCUAUACAGUGUAAUGCAAAACAAAAAAAUUUGCGACUCAACUUAAUGUCCUGCUGAUUAUGUAAAUACUAAAAACCUUAAGAUUAUCGACGAAGUUUGUCUUUGGAAGCAAAAAAUAGCUAUGUUGCACAGAUGCAACAACGUGCACGACGGUGUUUUUUCUUCGUAGAGCAGACACAAUGGACCCCAAACGGUUUUACAGCCGUGGAAUUCCUUCCGACAGUGAGGACAGCGAGCUCUCCGGCAGUGACGAUGACUCUGAUUAUGUCCAACCCCCUGCAAAAUGUAGUGCCAGUUCAAGCGAGGCGAGUACAAGCUCUGACGAAGAGGAAGCUCCCGCAAGCCAACCAGCUGAUCAGUCAUCAACUCAAUCUAAGAGAAGAAUUAUCUGGAAGAAUGCAAGCCUGAUGCGGGAUCCUGAAACAGUGAAGUUCACUGGACAAAAUGAGCUUCCGCAGGAAGUUUCAGAGUUGGAAACACCUUUCCAAUACUUCAAGUUCAUCUUUCCAGGCGCUCUUAUUUCGCUUAUUGCAAAUGAGAGCAAUUUGUACUCAGUCCAGAAGGAUGCCAGUAAGCCCCUCUGCACCAGUGCCGAGGAGAUUGAAGUUUUUCUAGGCACCUGCAUGUGGAUGUCUAUAAUUCAGCUGAAGAACACUAGGUGGUACUGGAGUGAAGCUACCAGAGUAAGCCAAGUAGCUGACCACCUCACGGUGACACGCUUCGAACAGUUGAAGCACAACCUUCACUUUGUGGACAACAGCUCUCUCGGCCCAAGAGAUGAUCCUGAUAGAGACCGGCUUGCAAAGAUACGACCGCUCGUCGAUGCUGUAAAUGAACAGUUGUCGCUGAUACCGCUUGAAGAGCACUUGUCUGUGGAUGAACAGAUUAUACCUUUCAAAGGCGCAAGUGCACUGAAACAGUACUGUCCCCAGAAACCAAAAAAAUGGGGGUACAAAGUAUUUGUUCUCUCAGGAGUAAGUGGCUUCUCGUACAAGCUAGAACUGUACACGGGACAAGAAAACUCAGCCCCAAGACGUGCAGGAGAGCCUGACUGUGGAGCAAGCGGGAACAUUGUUGUUCGAUUGUGCAGGUUAAUCCCAAGAGGAGUCCACCACAAAGUGUAUUUCGAUAACUACUUCAACUGUCCAACCCUUCAGGUGUACCUGGAAAAAGAAACCGUGCACUGCAUUGGUACAGUUUGGAUCAACCGAGUAACGGGUAUCAGCAUGCCAUCUGACAAGGAAAUGAAACAGAAAGGAAGGGGAAGCUUUGAAGAGAAGGUAGCGACCCUGGAUGGCAUUCAGCUGUCGUGUACAAGGUGGCAAGACAACAGAGCCGUCACCUUGCUGUCCACCUUUGUUGGGGCAGAGCCUGUCCUAACUGCGCCAAGGUGGAGCCAAAAAGAAAAGGAGAGGCGCGACAUACCGUGUCCGUCGGUGAUAGGCGCUUAUAACAAGCCCAUGGGAGGAGUGGAUCUCUUAGACUCUCUGAUCUCCAUCUACCGCGCCCAUCUCCGAUCGAAGAAAUGGUACUUUCGUAUUUUUCUUCAUAUUCUCGACUUGACGGCUGUAAAUGCCUGGCUGCUGUACAGGAGGAGUGCCGAGACUACUUCCGAUCAACCAACACGAAAGCUCAUGCCAUUAGCAGAGUUCAAGGUGGACCUCGCCACGUCACUCUGCAAAGCAGGAAAAAAUCAACUGAAGAAAAGGGGAAGGCCCAGCAAUGAGUCCGUGGAGCAAGGCAUCCAGCUGAAGAAGACAAGAGGUCCUUCAGCACCGUGUCCACCUCAAGAUGUCAGGAUUGAUCAGGUUGGCCACUGGGUGCUUUGGAGUCAGAAGCGACAGCGUUGCAAGUUUCCUGGAUGCAAGGGCAUUUGUAUGAGCUACUGCUCUAAGUGUGGCACUCACCUGUGCUCAACAAGCAAGAAUAACUGCUUUCUUUUGUAUCACACAAGCAAAUGAGGCCACAUCUCUCACUGAUGUCUGUAAAUACAAGUUUGGCUCUGGUUCACAAAUUUUUAGCAUUCGGCUAUAAAUAUUUCGUUAUUUCCAUCUUGUUGCAAAUAUGCAACAUACCUAUCUUUUUUCGAUAUAAAUUUUUCCGAAACUUUGAAAUUUAUUUUAGUGAUAGUAUUGUGAUAACUGUGGUAUUCUACUUCUGCUGGAAUAAAAUUGUGAAAAAAUAAAAAGUUGUGCAGUAAAGGGUUAAG